AUGGACUUUUUAUGUGGUAUUACUCGUCAAAGUAUUUUAGAUCUUGGACGUAGACGAAAAGAUUUAACUGUUAAUGAACGAGAAAUAACAAUGAAUGAGCUUUUAGAAGCAUAUCAAGAUAAUAGACUAUUGAACAUGUUCGGUGCUGAUACAUUUUCGCAACCAAAACAUGUUGUUGAUCAAAUAAUAUAUACAUUUGAUCAUGCAUAUUAUUCUGUUCGAUAUCUCAAUGGUACACAUGAAAUUGGUUGUCAAUCAACUGUAAGAGGCAAUUGUGGUCCAAUUUAUACGAUUGAGAAUGAUCAAGACUUUAAUUCAUAUCUUAUAGAUACUAAAAUUAUUGAUUCAUCUAGUUCAUUUGUUAUUGUACUUAAUGCGAAUUUGUUUGAGCGAUCCUUCUACACUAUCAAUUGA